AUGGUGGGGGCAAGCGCUGCCAAACAGCAGGAUGCACCAGUCGGGCGAAGCAUCAAGGACGCUGCUGGAAGCAUGGAGGAUCGACCGAGUGCAAAGUGCCGAGCUGCAUCAAUCGAGCCAAGUCACGCGGAUUCUGCUGGUCGCACGGUGGCGGAACAAAGUGCAGGACUAAGAAUUGCGAGAAAAUUGCCAUUUCCAAUGCCCUGUGCUGGGCUCACGGAGGAGGUACAAGUGCCGUUCUUCUGUAACUAG